GAGAAGGAAGGAAGAAAACAUCAGCAAAAACCAAAAAAGAAGAAAAUGGCAGCAAUAGUAUGCUACGGUCCUCUAAUUGACCUCUCUAAAGCAGCAAUUCACAUCGGAGAGUACGUCCAGCUCCUCGUUUUGGUUCACAAUAUCACCCCAAUUCAGUACAAGUUAUGGAGAAAAGGUGGAGCAGAGGUCAUUAGGACGGACAUACAGGUGGGCGAUGACACCCGCCUUUUUUUUCCUGUUUCAAUUUGGCAGAAACAUUUGGCCUCCAAAUUUGUUGCUGGCGAUGUCAUUUUGCUUCAAAAUGUUAAGAUUACAAGAGUUGGCGGAUUAGUCGAGGCUAGAACUGUACACUGCUCAACCUUGCAAUGUGUAGUCCGUUCAUACAAGUCACUUGUUUCUAAAGGUGGAGACGACUUGUUGCGCAGCUGUCGAAUUGGUGUGGCAGCAAAGGAUAAGCUUCUGAAAAUUGUUAGAUGGCUACAGCAGGGGGCUGCUGUUGAAUUAAACAACCAUCAGCGGAAACAGCCAUCAAAAAAUUGGAAAGUGCACGAAGAGACAAAAUCUCUGGGUUGUGUCUCUCUUAAAGAUUUAUCUGAUUUUCCUGAUUCCUCCAAGGUAACCUUGUAUGCAUCUGUCGGUGAAGUAUUUCUGCCAAUUACGUGGAGACAUCUUCCUGAAUCGGCUACUGAAAGCAUGUUCAUUAGCAAGAGAUUAUACAUGCACUCAGAUUGUGACGUGGCUGACGAUCUAAUUACUGCUGGCUGCCAUCUCUGUGGUACUCCUUUAAGUUACGAAUCUAGUUCAGGCAGUGUUGAAAAUGCCACAUCACUCUAUUGUCAGGAGAGCUCCAAUCACCUUCAUGUUGUAAGCACGAUAUAUCGGCCUUUCAUGCUCUAUGUGUGGGAUGAUUCAAUGUAUGCUCCACUUCUUGUUAAAAACAAGGCAGCUGAAGUGUUGUUUGGAAACAUCAGAGCUGAGGAAGUGCUCUCUUGCUAUAAAAGGCUGAAGAAGGGAAAAGAUCAUGCUCCAAAUUUAGUCUGCAGAAGGAAUGGCACGGCUGAAAGGACUGUGCUUGAACGUAAUGCUCCUGGGGAAGGUAUUGCAGUGACUGACACAUCAAGCACCAACGAGGAUAAUAAAUUCAAUGCAAGACCAAAUUUCUAUUUGGUUUGGUUAAUUUUAUUGAAGUUGCUACUGCAACAGGAGAAUAGCAGUCCUUUGAAAUUUAAAGUUACUAUUAACGCAACAAGAGAUUGCGAAUAUGGGAGGUACGAAAUGAUCUCUGUUUCUCUACCUUCCUUUACAUCUGAUGUCAACUUACUAUAGGAGUGCUUAAAUGUAUCAAAUAUCAAUAUUUUCAGCAGAGUUCAUUUGUUC